CGAGAGACGGCGGCGGGCGAGCGGCGGCGGGCGCGGGCAUGUCGUGUGAGUGUGCGUGCGCGUUUGGCUCUGUUUCGGCGGUGGUUCCAGGUUGGCGCGGGCUUUGACGUGGUGGGCAGCCGCACAUGCUGGCUGUCGGUCGCUCAGCGCUCACCACACUCGCCGCGCCCCCGUGCCCUCGACUCUGCGCAUGGCGCCUGUCUGGCCACACUGAAGCAACGCAGCGCCCGAGACCCGGCCGGCCCACGAUGCCGCCCGCGAACAGCCCGAACCGCGAGCCCGCACCGAACCGCGAGCCCACGCCGACGUUUGUGUCGGCCCUGCGCGGGCUCGAGAGCGCCAAUGAAGACGUGCUCAACCUGGCGGCGACGCUGACGACGCCGGCCCUCGACGACGCCGCACACCUGGACGCCGUCGGCCGCUACCUCGAGGAGCGCAGUCAGCAGCGCCUGGAGCACUCGCGCGAGCAGUUGCGCCAGCUCGAGCGCACGCGCGACGACGUCGACCACGACCGCCUGCGCCGCAGCAUGGAGCGCCUUAAUCGCCUGCACGAGGCCUCGGCCGCGGCCACGGCUACGCAGUACGGCGAGCGCGUGCCCGCCCAGAACACGCUUUUUGACUGGUCGCCGCUGUCGAGCACCGCCCGUGAGCCCGACGACGACGAGGAGCGCAGUCUGCGCGCGCUGCAGGCCCGGCUGACGUCGACCGACUCGCUGCGCUCCACUGCCAUCCUACAGGCAGUACGCCGCCACCCACGCUUCUCCGCCCGCACGCGCGAGUACCUGCGCUACGGCCACGAUCGGGAGAGCGAGCGCGAGACGCUGAGAGCCGCCGCCCGUCCUGCUGCCCCGCGCGACACGGCGAGCCUGCGUCGCAGCACACAAGACCCCUGGGCCGCCCCGCGCGAGCGAUACCAGGCCAGCCGCAACCUGCCGCCGCAGUCGCAGCCCCCGCCGCCGCAGCCGCAGCCCCCGCCGCCGCCACCGCCGCCUGCCGUUGCGCCCAUGCUCGAGCACACGGUCAAGUACCUAUCGCGCAUCCGCCACGCCAACACGCUCGACGAGAGCCUCAACUGCGCCCUGGAGGCCGGCUUCCUCAGCAAGGACUACUUCUGCAUCCAGUACGCCGACUUCCUCACCGACACCCUCAGCAUCCCGCCGCCGCGCGAAACCUCCUGGCUCGCCCCGGGCGCUGUCCUCUCCGGCUGCCAGCACGCGACCACGGCUACCGCCACGCCGCCACCCGCCUCAGCCCAGCUGCCGCCCCCGUCGCGACCCUGGCUCAGCACCAGCUAUUCCACGCCGCGCAGUCUGGCCUCGUACCUCUCGCCCACCGCGCCGAGGGGGCCGUCAGACCCGUCGCAGCAGCCUCCCCAGCAAGACCGAUGGCCGGUCAAGGUCACCGUGCACGCUGUCGACUGGUCUGCCAUGUCUCUCUCGGCGACCAUGGAGGCCUACAACGUGCCAUCACACCCACACCAGCAUUCUCUCAACAACUCCAAUCCAGCCGCGGCACAGUAUACGCGCACGAGCAGCAUCACGACGUACCUCGAAGGCGAGAUCCUCGAUUUCAACACACACACGCUCCUGACCGAGAGUUUCAAGAGCAAUGCAGCAAACGACGCGCUGUACUGGCGCAAACUGCCACCGUUCAGGGACAUGGAAGAUGAUCAUCUGGUCCUGGCACUCACAUCUAGACGAUGGUGGGCAGCCCUCAACCGCGAAUGGGUGCUGAUGCGCUGGAAAGAACGGUGUUUUGUGAAAUCCCUGCGCCCCAAUAGCAAGCCUCCGAGCCAGUCUCCAGCACCAGGUCCACCAGUCGAUGCCUUCGUCGGCGCCGACACAGCCACCGGCGCCGUGGGCCAGGACGAAGAGCGCGAGUACUACGUCUACGACUCGCACACCUUCGCGCGCCACGCCGUCCCGUCCGCCGAAAUCCACCCCAUCGCCCCGCCCUUCGUCGACGCUGAACACGCCGCCUUCGACGACAGCGGCUGCGGCCUCACCAUCUCGGGUUUCUACUACGUGUGUCUGCGCAGAAGCGACGGCCGCGUCGAGGGUUUGUACUAUGAUCCCAUGAGCAGCCCGUACCAGUGCCUGAAGCUGGAGAGCCAGGGCAAGGGCAGUUUUGGGAGUUGGGACUUUGCUUAGCCGGGGAGAUGAUGUUAGUGAGUGAGUGGUGCUUGCAUACAAGGCGUUUUGGUAUUCGGUAUUUGGUACUUGGAUAUUGGUUGGGAAGGCGUUUGGUCGCAUCGCCCGCUGUGGCUUGGGAGCUUGUUGUGGACUCUUUAGAUCGUCUUUGUCUGUUGUGGGCAGGCAGUAUAUCAGUAUCAACAUCUACCACAUGAAUUACAUAAAUAUUGCAGACAGCCUGCUCCGUAUCUGAGGUUUGGGUCUGCCGUCAUGUGUCAGUUCCUGGCUGUCUGGUCUGUCGAUGAG